GUUUUCCACACUGCUGCCAACUGUCGCCAUUCGAAAAAAGUCAAAACGAUCGCAGCGCCUCUUGGGAACAGUCUUUUUCUGUAGAAACUCGAGCGAAGUUGAGAGAAAACACCCGGACAAGAUGGGGAAAGGAAAUAAUAUGGUGCCCAAUGCCCACUUCCACAAGUGGUGGCAGCGGCAUAUUCGCACGUGGUUCAACCAGCCGGCCAGGAAGUUCCGUCGCCGCCAGAAUCGCAUCAAGAAGGCUAAGGAGAUCUUCCCACGACCCUCUGCCGGACCUCUGCGCCCCGUCGUGAGGUGCCCCACCGUGCGCUACCACACCAAGGUCAGGGCAGGACGCGGAUUCACCGCUGCCGAACUCAAGGGAGCUGGUCUCACUUCUGGCUUCGCCAAGACCAUCGGCAUCGCCGUGGACCGUCGCAGGCGCAACAAGAGCGUGGAGCAGCGCCAGAUCAACAUCCAGCGCCUCAAGGAGUACCGCAACAAGCUGAUCCUCUUCCCCAUUCACGAGAAGAGGAAGCUGCAGAAGGGCGAGGCUCCGCCAGAGACGUGCAAGCUGGCCACGCAGGUGAAGCGCAAGGUGAUGCCGAUCAGGAAUCCCAAGCCCACGGUCACUGUGCGCGCCAUCACGAACCGCGAGCGCAAGUUCAGCGCCUUCAAGACGAUGAAGAAGGCCCGCUCCGACGCCAGGCUGGUCGGAAUCCGCGCCAAGAAGGCCCGCGAGGCGUCGGAGAACCCAGAAGACAUCUCCAAGGUGCCCGCCACCAAGGAGCCCAAGAAGGCCAAGAAGUAAAUCUAUUGUACAACCCAGAUUUACGGCGAAAUAACAUGCAAAUCCACACACAUACACAAA